GCGGCGACGACUCAGAAAAUUAUUAGACUUCUGCAAGUAGUCCCCCACCCUUCAGCAAUCUGAACCUCGGCGACGUGCUCUCUCGCAUUACUUCCUUCAAUGACUAUACGGUAGCACAUGUGGCAGCUCUAGAGAUAGUGAGAGGAUCUCUAGAAGCAACACGCAAAUCCCAACAGCACGCAAACAUUCCGCUACUGUCAACAUGUUGGUCACAAAGCAUCUUGCAGAGCUCUGCUCUCUGCUCAUCGGGGAGCUCUAUGGCGAGCUCCCAUCCGUAUGUAUCUCCCCGCUUGUCCCACUCCUUGCGGUCGUAAUCUCAGCGAGUUGAGACUGACGGCGCUUCUAGAGAAUCUUUGCGACACUUAUCAAUCGGGGUAGGUCGUCAAUUCCGCAACUGGUCCAUCAUACCUCAAUGAACCCCCGUCAGCUCCGCCAUGGACUCGCCGUCCUCCUGCAGUACAACAUGCUCUUCUACUCCGUUGAGCCGGACACCGAGGUGGCCGUGUACGAAGCGAAUGUCGAGUAUGCCUAUAACCUAAUCCGUACGGGUAAGAUCCUAGAGAUGAUCGAUACGUCGUUUGGCGCGCCUGCCAAGGAUAUCAUGCAGAGUCUGCUCCUUCUGGGUCAGGCACGGAUCUCGGAUCUUAUUGAGGCGUACCAACAAAAGAUUGACCAGGCGAAAAAGGCUGCGGCCGAAAAAAUUGAAGAUGGCAACGAGUUCGAGGUUAACAGUGUAAAUGGGCACUCUGAUUCGAUCAAGAAGUCGGAUCUACUGGUCAAGAGCACAGCCCAGCUGAAUUCGGUCAUUUGUCGGCUCGUUGAGGCUGACCUCAUCGAUGUCGUUCACUCUCGAAGCUUCCAAACGCCCCAAGAUAUCCACAAAUCUGUCGAGAAGGAAGUCACCGAAAGAUUAUUCCCCGGCGGGCCAAAAGGCGGGAAAGCAAAGAUUGAGCUACAGGACAAGAUAGCUGAGAGCCUCCGCAAAAUCCGCAGCGAAUCCAAGUCUCUGAAGCGCAAGCUGGAGCAAAAUGUCACGUCUGCAAAGAGGCGUAAGCUCUUCAGCGGUGGUGCGUCGAACGGCGCUCAUGAUGAGGAAGUGGAUCCGGAUCUUGACUCGAGACAAGUCAUCCGAAUCAACUAUGAAAAAUGUCUUGUCGAUCUUCGAAACCGCCGCCUCGUGCAGUUUGCAACUGACAUAUAUGGGGAGGCUACAGCGUAUGUCUAUGGCGUGCUGCUGCGAUUGCUGACGAAACCCAUUGCGCGCUGCCGUCCUGAUCCGGUGAUGGAUAUUGGCGAAGGCGACAAGGACAGGCAGAAAUUCGGGUUCGUUACGAUAGGCGAGAUAUUGGAUAGCCUCAAGACUUCCGUCGACUUAUCUCUAGGACUUGGGAAGGUUGCCAAGCAUGAUAUUUCUUCCAGAGCCGCCGACGCAAUUCAAGAGGAACCCCCCAAGCCAAAACUUUACAUUGAAGAAGCCGAUGUCGACGAAGGUGAUAGCGCAGACGAAGCCAAGGACGGCGAUGGCUCCAACUCGAGCGGGUCUGAUUCAGAAUCUGACCACAAAGAGCGCCCGGCGACAAACGGCAGCAAGGUUCAGUUUGCGGAUUCGACAGGUGCCAAAGAAAUGAGGCUCGAUCGCCCAGCCCAGCUUCGCCAACAUCUUCUCCUGCUCUCGGAGAGUAAUCAGCAUUUUGUCCGCCAUUGUGGCCCUAACGAAUGGACAGUUGACUUCGUGCCCCUCAUGAGCGCGUUGCGCGAGUUUGAGCUCGAUUCUGUCAUUGAGCGAACCUCAGGUCGCCAGGGCCUGCGACUGGUUCGAAUCCUCCGGACCAAGGGCAAACUGGACGAGAAGGCGCUUCCGACUGUUGCGCUGAUGAAGAAACCCGAAGUACAGCAAAAGAUGUUGGAAAUGCAGAACGCGGGUUUCGUGCACGUUCAGGAGGUGCCACGAGACACGAAAGCAGAUGUGAAGAAAUCCUUCUUCCUUUGGUUUUCAGACGUGGACAAAUCCCUAGCCCGCCUGCUUGAUACAAGCUACAAGACCACGGUGCGCUGCAUCCAAGUUUUAGAAGUUCUCCGCCAACGGGAAAAGGAUGUGCUAGAGCUCACGAAGAGGACAGACGUCCGAGGCAGGGAAAGGGACGUGAUGAGAAAGGAAUACUUCGACAGGUAUUCUCGUUUCCUGGAAAACGAGCGGAAGCUCUUUGCUCAAGUCAUGAGACUUGACGACCUAGUCGCCGUUCUACGUGAUUUUUAGGGGCUGAAAAGCAAUGUACACGAAAUCGGUUGGUCUAUCUGAUAUCAAGUCAUGAUGGCAUAGCAUCGGCGGCGUCGGGGAUCAGAAUGGUUGCAUUUGCUUGGGGUUUACCAGGAGGCUUUGGGUUUAAGCUGGGAUGCUAGGCUAACUAACUUGCAUGGCUUUGAGUCCAUGGUUGUACACCAUAUAUCAAUCAUGAAUAGAGAUUAUGACAUGUCCUCUGGCAUCUAAUGGGACGCAGGAGAUAGGACAAAGAAGAGAGCAUGCACACAGUUUUGUGAGCUAUUUUGAAGCGAUUACCCCGAC